CUUGAACUGACAGUGUUCCUCCUGACUUGGACUCUCGUUGCGGCAUAAAGGUAGCUAUCUACUCGUCAAGAUGAGCGAAGAAAUGAAUGCCAUCGCCAAACAAUUCACCGACUUCUACUACAACACAUUCGACACUGAUCGUUCUGGUCUCGCCGCUUUAUACCGUGAUCAUUCGAUGCUUUCCUGGGAAGGUACCCCCCUUCUGGGAGCUCCGGCUAUCAUGCAGAGACUUCAAGAACUCCCUUUCACCGCCGUCCAACACCGAGUCCUUACCCUUGACGCUCAACCAGCGAGCAGUACAGAGCCCGCGAUCCUCGUCUUAGUGACGGGUCAAUUGUUAGUGGAUGACGGAUCCAACAUAUUACAAUACAGCCAGAUGUUUCACUUAAAACCCGAGAAUGGUUCCUACUUUGUCCAAAACGACGUGUUCCGACUUGUUUACGGCUGAUCCGACGUCAUCUUUCACCUCCUUAAUGACCAUGUUCAGAUCACGUAUGCAUAUAAAUUUCAACU